UAUUUUGGCAGAGCAGUAGAACUUGCGCCGCAACAACCUCGUUGGCGAUUACUCGUUGCAACUUGUCUAAGAAGGAAAGGAGAAUUCCACAAAGCCCUCGAAGAGUAUCAAGCUAUCCACCGCAAGUUUCCAGAAAAUAUUGAGUGUUUGAAGUUUUUGGUUCGGUUAUGCAGCGAUCUGGGAAUGAAGGAAGCCCAAAUAUAUGCUUCAGAGUUGAAAAGAGCGGAGAGGUCAAAGGAGUUGAAAGAGAGGCAAGGUUCUGCAAGACCCGGAACUACUGGAAGCGGUUCAAGAAGGAGUAACAGUGGUAAUUCAUCGCGUGGAGGAUCUGGAAUGAGCAUGCAGUCAGACCAUCGUUUGAGUCCGAUCACUAUCCGGAGGGAGCUUCGUUGUUCUCUCAGUGGUGGACCAUCUCGAUUCAAUCGUCCAAGUAUCCUGGACGAUUACGAAAACAACACGCCAGAGUCCCCGGGCGAUAUGAAUUAUAACGAUCCCAUUGGCCCAUUGCCAGCAAGGCCUAUGACGGCAGCGGGGAAGAGAGACGAUGAUUUCGGUGACGAGGAACUUGGUGAUGACCUUUUGCCCGUGUGAACCCACCUUCAUAUCAGCUCAACCAGCGAUACUGGAUCAACACUGUUGUAUAAUUCAUUUCGUAUCUUCUGCUUGGACUUUCCAACAUAAUUUUCUAAUGUCACUGGAUUAUUAAGUAUGCAGUUAAUGGAGGAACAAUUGUUUCAAAAUAUGUUGUAACGUUGAACUGAUCGUCGAUUUAAUUUCGGUAUUUUUCUGUCAA